AUGGGAGGAGCUGUGAGCGCUGGGGAGGAUAAUGACGAGUUGAUUGACAACCUGAAGGAGGCACACUACAUCCGUUCGGACCUGGUGGAGCGGGCCUUCAGGGCCAUCGACCGGGCCGACUACUAUCUGGAGGAGUACCGUGACAGCGCCUACAAGGACCUGGCCUGGAGGCACGGCAACAUCCACCUAUCAGCCCCCUGUAUCUACUCUGAGGUGAUGGAGGCCCUGGACCUUCACCCUGGCCUGGCCUUCCUCAACCUGGGCAGUGGGACCGGGUACCUCAGCACCAUGGUGGGCCUCAUACUGGGUGAGUUAUUGUAGCAGACGGUACAACCUCUCUGGGCCUUAUUGGGAAUGGAAAGGGGGAAAUCAGCUGGCCAACUGAUUGGAAAAGUGUAUUUUCUUUAUUGAAAUGCAUUGUGGAUUGUACAAAGCUCACAUGGUUGUUCUGUUGUAAUCAUGGUUCCAGGUCCAUUUGGUGUGAACCAUGGGGUGGAGUUACAUGCUGAUGUGAUUGAGUAUGCCUACCAGAAGCUAGACUACUUCAUCAAAACCAGUGAAAGCUUUGACAAGUGAGUCUCUUCACCUCUGAUUACCUUCCCCAUCUACAGCAUUCAGUGACUGGUUGAAUAUCAGGUGGGAGUUUGCAUGUGUAGCCUGUAUAGAAGAUAGUUUUUUGUUUUGUUUAUGCUGUGUUUGUGUUGAAGGUUUGAGUUCUGCGAGCCUUCCUUUGUGGCGGGGAACUGCCUGGAGAUCCCCCCUGAGAGCAGGCAGUAUGACAGGGUGUACUGUGGGGCGGGGGUGCAGAGAGACCAUGAAGAAUACAUGAAGAACCUGCUGAAGGUGGGGGGUAUCCUGGUACUACCCCUUGAGGAGAAGGUGUGCAUAAACACUAACACAAACACACACACUGAAAUGCAUACAUGUAGUUUAAAUGACCCUUACACAACAAGGAUGUACCCUAAUGCAGGGGUUACCAAACUACUUCGCUCAGGCCCCCCUUCCAGCAUUGGGGAACAUCCCCUCCCCCCACAUGUAUUUCUAUGGGCACAAGCACUGUUCAUGACACAAACUGUUCACACCCCUCUUGUUGGCAGAGACAAUUUUGCAGGUUUAAAGUCCAUUGUCAUCAAAUCACAUUUUAUUUGUCACAUGCCCCGAACACAACAGGUGUAGACCUUACAGUGAAAUGCGUACUUACAAGCCUUUAACCAACAAUGCAGUUUUAAGAAAAAUAAAUGUUAAGUAAAAAAUAGAUAACUAAAAAAAUUUAAAUAAAAAAUAAUUAAAGAGCAGCAGUAAAAUAACAGUAGCGAGGCUAUAUACAGGGGGUACCGGUACAGAGUCAAUGUACAGGUUACUCGAGGUAAUUGAGGUAAUAUGUACGUGUAGGGUGAGUUAAAGUGACUAUGCAUAGAUAAUUAACAGAGAGUAGCAGCAGCGUAAAAGAAGGGGUGGGGGGGGGGGGGGACAAUGCACGUAGUCCGGGUAGCCAUGAUUAGCUGUUCAGGCGUCUUAUGGCUUGGGGGUAAAAUAUGUUAAGAAGCCUUUUGGACCUAGACUUGGCGCUCCGGUACCGCUUGCCAUGCGGUAGCAGAGAGAACAGUCUAUGACUUGGGUGGCUGGAGUCUUUGACAAUUUUUAGGGCCUUCCUCUGACACCGCCUGGUAUAGAGGUGAUAUACUGGGCCGUACGCACUACCCUCUGUAGUGCCUUGCGGUCGGAGGCCGAGCAGUUGCCAUACCAGGCAGUGAUGCAACCAGUCAGGAUGCUCUCGAUGGUGCAGCUGUAUAACUUUUUGAGGAUCUGAGGACCCAUGCCAAAUCUUUUCAGUCUCCUGAGGGGGAAUAGGCUUUGUCGUGCCCUCUUCACGACUGUCUUGGUGUGUUUGGACCAUGAUAGUUUGUUGGUGAUGUGGACACCAAGGAACUUGAAGCUCUCAACCUGCUCCAACGAUGAGAAUGGGGGCGUGCUCAGUCCUCUUUUUCUUGUAGUCCACAAUCAUCUCCUUUGUCUUGAUCACGUUGAGGGAGAGGUUGUUAUCUUGGCACCACAAGGCCAGGUCUCUGACCUCCUCCCUAUAGGCUGUCUCAUCGUUGUCGGUGAUCAGGCCUACCACUGUUGUGUCAUCUGCAAACUUAAUGAUGGUGUUGGAGUCGUGCCUGGCCAUGCAGUCAUGGGUGAACAGGGAGUACAGGAGGGGAAUGAGCACGCACCUCUGAAGGGCCCCCCGUGUUGAGGAUCAGCGUGGCGGAUGUGUUCAAUGUCUGUGUAUUCAUGUGAUAUUUGAGUGACUCAAACAUUACAACAAAAUCUAAGGGCUAAAACUGACAUGAGCUAGUUGAUCUGGACAUCACCUUGUGCUUUUUACUAUUACAACUUUCAAGAGUAAAUUGGAAGUCAGACUGAGUUCCUUAAAAAAGUGUUUAUUUUUAAAAAUAUUUUUUUGGGGGUGGAGCACAGUUUGGGAACCACUGCUCUAAUGUACCCUCUUGUUGUGCCCUUUCUAGCUGACCAAGAUCACACGUACAGGACAGAGCAGCUGGGAGACCAAAAAGAUCAUUGCUGUGUCCUUCGCUCCUCUGGUGCUGCCCAAAGAUCACACCAAUAACACCAAUGGCAAACCCAAGACAGUCCCACUACGUGAGUGCCUUAUCAGUUUGUGAUUAUACAUGGGAGUCAGUUCAAAGGAGGAAACUCGCCAGACCGAUUGUCGCUCUGCGCAGUACGGGGGGCCGUUCGUUCGCUUGCUGUCGGCGCGGUGUGCUAUAGGGACCACCCCACCGUUGCUGACUGACGGCUGUCAUAUCGCCCAUUUCUACAUGUAGAAUCGGUUAGCAAAUUACGUCCGGCACUGUUCAGAGGUGCUAAGUACUCUCGGCCGGCAGACACUCUACAAUCCCAGUGGUCUGUCCAUGCCUUUUUAAAACGUUUUGUCACCAUGGAAAGAAUACUCACGUUAGCCAUGUUCUAACUUUCCCAUCAUUCUCUGUGUCCUUUCCUCUCGAUCAUCUCUCUGGUGACCCACGGAGCAGCCAUGUUUGAGGUGCGGACGCUGCAGGAGCUGGCUCGUAUAUCCAUCCGCCACACCCUCAGAGUGACCACGGACAGCAGGGAGGGUCACCCACGGGGCCGGGGCUCUUUUGGAGGAGGCAGGGGCCUGGGAGUCAGUGGGCUCCACAAGUACGGCCCACGCUUUAAACGCCGGCGCGUUCACCGGCGCCACUGCAACUCUGUGGUACUGGCUAACAAGCACGUGGUGAGCAGUGCCCUCCCUACCCCCGCUCCCCUGGACAACAACAAUAACCGCGGGGAGCGGGACGAGGAGGAGCAGGGAAGGGCAUCCUGGGGGGUGGGAGGGGAGGAGCAGGGAAGGGCAUCCCGGGGGGUGGGAGGGGUGGAACAGGGAAGGGCAGCCCAGGGCGUGGGACGGGAGGAGCAGGGAAGGGCAUCCCGGGGGGUGGGAGGGGAGGAGCAGGGAAGAGCAUCCCGGGGGGUGGGAGGGGAGGAAGAGGAAGAGGAGGAGGAAGCAGAGAGGGAGACAGGGGAGCUACUCCGGGCAGAGCCACCUAUAAACAUCCUGAGAGAGAGGAUUCUGUGUCUGCCCCUCCCGGAGCCUCUGAAGAUGUACCUGCUGUACUACCGGGAGAAAUGA